AAAGCGCCUCUAGUGGGCGGGGCUCGCUGCCGUAGGGACCUGAGACGGCCAUCCGGAGCACGAUGGCGGCUGCAGGGUCUGAAUCUCUGCGCGUGGGCUUCGUGGGCGCAGGCCGCAUGGCGGAGGCCAUUGCUCAAGGCCUCAUACGAGCAGGCAAAGUGGAAGCGAAGCAAGUGCUGGCCAGUGCACCAACAGACAAGAACCUCUGCCACUUCAGGGCUCUGGGUUGCCAGACCACUCACUCCAACCAGGAAGUGCUGCAGAGCUGUUCACUUAUCAUCUUUGCCACCAAGCCUCAGGUUCUGCCAGAUGUUCUGGCAGAGGUGGCCUCCGUCGUUACCAGUGAGCACAUCGUGGUCUCUGUGGCUGCUGGGAUCCCUCUGAGCUCGCUGGAGGAGCUGCUGCCCCCGAAAACACGAGUGUUGCGAGUCUCUCCCAAUCUACCUUGCCUAGUCCAGGAGGGGGCGAUGGUGAUGGCCCGGGGCCACCAUGCCAGGAAUGACGACGCUAAGCUCCUACAGAACUUGCUGGAGGCCUGCGGGCAGUGCAUAGAGGUUCCUGAGUCCUACGUAGAUAUCCAUACCGGCCUCAGUGGCAGUGGUGUGGCCUUUGUGUGCACAUUCUCGGAGGCCCUAGCUGAAGGUGCCAUCAAGAUGGGCAUGCCCAGUGGCCUGGCCCACCGCAUUGCUGCCCAGACCCUGCUGGGGACAGCCAAGAUGCUGCAGCAGGAAGGGAAGCAUCCAGCCCAGCUUCGGACGGAUGUGCUCACACCAGCUGGAACCACCAUCCAUGGGCUUCAUGCCCUAGAGAAGGGCGGCCUGCGAGCAGCUGCCAUGAGCGCGGUGGAAGCAGCUACCUGUCGAGCUAAGGAGCUCAGCAAGAAGUAAGCCAGGCUCCAGGUGAGACUACAGGUUCCUGGCCCAGCUUCGGCCUCUGAGUGGCGAGAACAGCCCCACGGCCAUCAUCUUCAUCAGAGAAGCUGUGACUACUUGUUAAAGACCCUCAAGAUCAGGUCUGUUGCCUGUGACAUUCCGUCAAGGAAGCAGGAGGUGCGGAGGGUCAUUCGACCUCCAACUGUGAUUCCAGCUCCUCUCUCCUGCACCUGUCAGCCAAUUGUAAUUGUGUCCUAAUUGUACAUGGCCUCAUGGUCUCAGGGGGUAGAUUAUGCAACCUGUGGAAGGUGGACUAAAAUGAGAGAGGUUUCCAUCUUUACAGAUAUGGGAUCAUCCUCAUCCGUGCUGGCAUGAGAUGUUUUGGUGGUGUGGUUGCUUUGUCACCCACACUCCUGUAAGCAGCACCCCAUCCAUGCUCUCUAAGUCCAAUAAACUCAUUAGUGCCCCAAGUUGAACUUUGA